GUCGACGCCGGCGCACCAGCUUCUGUUUACAAAAUAUUCUCCUCUCUCUCUCUGGACGGAAGUGGAUGGCAAAAAAAAACGGGUCGGAGGCUUUGGGCCAGCCAGCAACAGACCAGCGGUGGUAGACCGUCGUAAUUGCUGCCAGGGCACAGCGAAAUCACUGCGUCGUGCAAAGUCAACCCCGAAACACGCAGUUAACGUUCGCCUUCGGCCAGCAGCAAUUAGCCUGAUCCUGAUUUCCUGCCAGACGACCACAGUUCAGGAGGACGAUUCCGCGGCUACGAAGCACGAAAAACGAGCAAACCAAAAGGAUGAGCAGUGAUGAGGAAAUCGGUGAACUGAAAGUUGUGUACGAUUUCAUUGCACAGGGCAAAUUCAAGAAGGCGUUUGCCAGUGCCACGAAAGUUCUCGACCAGCGGUCGCCCCCAUCCCCGGCGGCAGAGGAGGAAGAUCCGCUGCGGGAGUUGUUCCUGUUCGUCGUGACCAAGUACGCGGAGCAGCUCGAGCAGGAGGGCAAAAUCGAACAAGUGUUUGAAAUCAUCGAACAAGGCCUGGAGUACUUCCCCGAGCAUCCGGAGCUGCUGAACGAGACGGGCGUGCGGUUGCAAAGGUAUGGCCGGUCGUUGGAGGCUUCCAUUUGCUUCGAGCGUGUGCUGCUGCAGGACUCGCGCUAUCUGAAGGCGUACCAAAAUCUGCAAAACACCAAAUGCGAGCUCGUCGAACGAUGGCAUUUUCGCAUGCUGAAUGACGUGGUGCGUAAUGCCGCAUUUCGCGCCGCGAUCGAAAGCCAGAUCGCCGAAGGAUACAACGAAGUGCUGGACAUCGGCACCGGCACGGGACUGCUGUCAAUGUACGCAUUGCAGUGCGCGGGCAUCCGCAAGGCGGCAGCAUGCGACGGGUCGGAAAUAAUGGUGCAGAUUGCACGUGACGUGUUCGGCGCGAACGGGCUUAGCGAUCGCAUCUGUCUGUUUCAGAGCUACUCGCAGGACUUGAAGAUCGGUGAACGGUUUUCGCUAAUCGUUACCGAAACCCUCGAUUCCGGUGCAUUCGGCGAGGGCAUUCUGGAAACGUUAAUUCACGCGAAGCGGCAUCUGCUGCUGCCGGAAGGGAAGAUCAUACCGGCGAAGGUAACGCUGUACGCGUCCGGCUAUCAAUCGCGCGCCUUAACAGCAAGCAAUAUUUUAAUCAACGAAGCAUUUAUAGAGGAUUUCUCAUUGCCCAGCAACUGUUUGCUGUCGAAGGAAGGUACAAAGUGCUACGACGCGGAGGACAUUGGUCGGAUCCAGGCGAACGAUGACUUUGAGUUUGUGACCGAUACCGUGGUAUCGAUGGUGGUCGAUUUCAACGAUCUGGACUGUUUGAUGCGUUUCCAGGACGGUACGGAAGUAGGCGAGGUAGAGCUGACCUGUCUGGACGACGGUCUACUGUUGGAUGGGUUCGUGGUGUGGUUCGAUCUACAGCUGGAUGAGCAGCAGGCCAUCAGCACGGACCCUACGACCAGCACCUGCUGGAACCAGGCCAUCUUCCGACUCAACCAGCGCCUGCCGGUGGCGAAGGAUCAGCGAUUGAAGCUGACAAUGUCCUGCAAAGACGGUGCGCUCUCGAUUGCCCACAAUCUGAACUCGGUAGAAAACCAGAUCAGUGUCCACGAGCAUGUGCUGGAGUUUCUCAACGACAAUGAGUACUAUAGCAGCCUCACGGAAGCUACCGAAGCGCUCGACGAUAUGGAGAAGGUGCUCGAUCUGUCGCUCUUUCCCUACGCGGGCCUGAAGCUGCUGAAGGAGGGAAAAGCACGAAUGCUGUUCUGUCUCGACCAGGCGGAAGAUUUGAUUGAGUUUGUUGCGAAUCAAAAUGACAUUCCGAUGGGUAGCAUCAUGCUGGUCAGCUCGCUUCAGGAGAUAUUUCUACUCAACGACUAUACGCUCGAUUUGAUUAUUCUGCAACCGGUCGACGUUUUCGGACAGAUCAACAGUGAGCACUUCUGCCUUUAUCAAUCGCUGCUGGCCAAGCUGAAGCCCAUCGGUACGGUCGUCCCAUCGUCGCUAGAGUUGCACGGCAGCGUGAUCGAGUCCGAUUGGAUCGUGAAAUGCAGCCGAGUGGAGAAUCCUGAACUGGAACAGUUUCAGAUCGAUAAGUAUCUAGCUUCGCUCGAAACGGAAAAUCAUCUAGAUCUGGGCCCCUUUUCAUACCGCAAUCUGUCCCCCACUGUUAAGCUGGCGGACAUACAGUUCGAUGGAAAGCUACACGAAACGGCACUGGAAUUGGCACUGACCGAACCCACCGAGGCGACGCGAGUGCAUGCCAUACUGUACCAUUACCAAAUCGGGUUCACACCUGAUCGACCACUGCUUGGCACGGAUCGAGCUCAAUCCUUCGCUAAGCGAUCUGCCUUCAUCAUUCCUAAAUCUACAUUCCACGGACCGUCGGACGGCGAUGACCCGUCCUCAGAUUCCGCACAGAUAGAGCAGCUGUACACUACCGUGCUUCAAAAUCAUGGUGUCAUUAAAUGUGAUAUUGCUUCCGUUAGUCAGUAAUGCGACCAAUGGGGAUCUGUAAACGCGACGACUUGCAAUAUACUCUUCACAAUCCAAACAACAAUUCCUAGUCACGUGAGCAAAACCAAUAACCUCUGAUGAGCAAGCACCCACCCAACUGCAAUGGUUCGAAACGUGUAUCUAUGGUGAUCGAUGGAGAUGAGUAGAAUGCUAAGAUGAAUUUUACCGUAGCAAUCUUAGCUUUAGUAAUGCAGUAUUACCAAUCACGAGUAGGUUCUCGAACACCGUAUGCAUUCCCGUUGAAGCAAAAGCAAUGUCAUCCAUUGACUCUGUGAGUAUGACGCAUAGAUUAAAAUGUACGGAACAAUAUUUUACUUACCUUAGUAAAAGCAAUCUUAGUAGUGAUUUUUAGUGAGUAUCGGUCAAGAAUUCGGCAGCAGGACAAAUGCAUCACAUUCACACCCCCACCCUAUGGGAAGGAUUAGCAAUAGGCUUAGGCAUGGUUAGUAGCAGUGGAAAGUAAAACCAGUAACAUACAAAGUAGAUUUACAUUCUCACCAUUGAUUACCACACGUGCACCAGUGAUCCAAUGUAAGCUAUCAUCGACAACAAAUUGUGAUUGGAUGUUUGUAAAACCCCACAUAUCAGCAUUAUCGUCGAUGCGAUAUUGUGUUCCGAUGCGCAAUUGCUGUAGUUUCCAUUAAAUGUACUUGUUUUAUCAAAGCAAUAAAGUAGAAUCAUUCCAGUCAAUGUGAUCUGAA